CCAGAUUUAUAUUGAGUAUAUCAGACUAAGAUGGAUUAUAAGCAGAUGGUAUUAUGCGGUGUGCUGGCUGUAGCACUGAUGACAUCGGUUGCCAUGACAGCUCCUCUGGAACUCUGGGAGAUCGCUGCCUUGGAUGACCUCUUGGAUGAAGCCUACGCAGAAGCAAUAGCAGAAAUGGACACUGGAAGCGUGAGCAAAAGAUCGUCAUGGAACUAUUGCCGACAUCACGUGACUGGAAAGAUGUGCAAAUGUUCAUCACUCUUUGGUCAAUCAACACGAAGAUAUUUCGAAUGUGAAGCUCCUCCAUACCUUAACAACCCUUGGAACAGAAUAACACGCAACUGGUGAUGUCAUCACUACGUCAUAUGUUAUCAUCUUGGUGUAUUAUAUAUAUUUAUAUCUUGGCUAUGAGUAAUUUUAUCCACCUUCGUAAGAUUAUAAAUGUUUGUUCUUGUUGUUUUCUAUCUAUUUUCCGAUCAAAAAUUCGAAACUUUUCUUUCCUCUGUACCGUUGCCGUUCUUAAAGGUCAAGUCCACCCCAGGAAAAUGCUGCCUUGAAUAAAUAAAGAAAAAUCAAACUAGCAUAGUGCUGAAAAUUUCAUCAAAAUCGGAUGUAAAAUAAGAAAGUUAUGACAUUUUAAAGUUUCGCUUAUUUUUCACAAAACAGUGAUAUGCACAACUAGGUGAGUCAGUCGAUGAUGUCCAUCACUCACUAUUUCUUUUGUUUUUUAUUGUUUGAAUUAUACAAUAUUUCAUUUUUUUGAGAUUUGACAAUAAGGACCUACUUGACUGAAACAUAUAGUAUUAAACAAUACUAAUGCCACAUGUUCAAGGAGGAAUUAAUCGUUGUAUCACUUGCCAAUGAGGAGAAAAUUUGAAUAUUUCAUAUUUGACAUAAUGAAAUACAAAAGAAAUAGUGAGUGGAUGACGUCAUAGUCUCCUCAUUUGCAUACCAGCCAGGAUGUGCAUAUAACUGUUUUGUGAAAUUCAGCGAAACUUUAAAAUGUCAUAACUUCCUUAUUUUACAUCCGAUUUUGCUAAAAUUUUCAGUGUUAUGCUUGUUGAAUUUUUCUCUUUUUAUGCAAAUCAACUUUUUAUUGGAGUGGACUUGUCCUUUAAGUAUUGUUUCUGUGUACUAGAGAGAAAAAGAUGGCGGAAUUUGAGGCACGGGGAUAAUAUAUAUAAUUUCGAAACGAACACCACAUUUCAAAAUGAAAAUAAAAUUGUGACAAUGAAAAAUAAGAAAACACAAUAGGUUCAUAUCUUACCACAUUCCAAUACUAUCCCUUCCUUUUUUUUCCUAUUUUUUGGGGGGGUCCCAAGCCCCAACAUCUAUACGCCAAUGUAUCGACUGCUAGGAUAGUGAGACCUCACACAUGUCACUUUUCAUUCUCCUUCUUUCAUUCAUCUCCUUACCGGCUAUUUUCCCUUCCGUCUCUCUCUCUCUCCCUUUCCAUCUCUCUUUGUUUCUUUUCACCCCCGCUUUACCCCACUUUUCUCCCAAACUCAUUCAUUUCCCUUUCUAAAUACUCUGCACAUCGUUGUCUGAUUUCUCUUUUGCCUCAUCUUAUGAUCCCUUUCUUCAUUAUCUUUGUCAUAAAAUAAGUAUUUAUUUAUUUGAAUGUAAGUAUUAUUGAGAAUGUGAUAUAAAAUGGCUGUAUUGCAAACUCGGAUUUAUACCUCAGUCACAUUUGCUACGGUGGCCGUAUGGCGAGUCGAAAACAGCCGUUUUAACAUUUUUUGUACCAGCUACAUGUAGAUGUUUGAAUAAAAAGUGAAUAAAACGGCUGUUUUAGACUAGCCGUACGGCCGCCGUCGGGGAGAUGUGACUGUAGCAUUAAUUUAAACUGUGGUUAAAGUUUUGGUCUGACUAUGGAUAGCCAAUUGGUCACAUAUACAUCUCUACCAGUAGGGAGCCUCCACGAUUGAUCUAUUAUCUCAUUUGACUCUUCAAUCAUUCAUAAUUAGUUGUCUGGAACAUAACUUAAAUAAAUAGUUUCUUCACUAAGACUUAAAGUAGGACGAAAUAGCAGAGUAAAUUGCAGGAAUAUGCAAUGUGAACAAUUCUGAGAUUUUACGGCUUACAAUAAUAAUGCAGAGUUAGACAAUGGUGUAACUUAACAUAGACUUCCGUGUACGCUCAAACAUGUAGCUUCAUAAAAAGAAACGCAAAGUCAGGCUAUGUUAAUGUAGUGUACAAAAGAAGCAUGGACUAGUUGUUGUAAUUUACAGGGACCAAAUUGUAAAAUGUUAGUAAUUCUGAAUCUGAUAGACUGAUGUCUCAGAGGGAAUGAGAUCUGUUCUCUCUUUUCAAUGUUUUUGAAGAGGCAGAAAUUAGCAAGUUGAGAAAUAUCCUUCAAAAACAAGAUUAUUCAAAGAAA